GUUCGGAGUGAUGGCUCAACAGCUGCGUCCCCGUUUAGUCUUCUGUUAGACACAGACGACGAAAUGGCUUCUGCGUUUCUGACACUUCUCGCGGGCGCGAUAGUGUUACUGUGCUUCUACCUCUACAGAACGUAUACCUAUUGGCAGAGAAAUGGUAUUCCAGUCGCGAAAGGAUACCUGCCUAUCGCCGGUCACAUACUGUCCGUCAUUUUCAUGAGACGCAGCAUCAAAGAUGUGAUCCAGAAGAUAUACGACGAUCACAAGCAACACAGUAUGGUGGGAUUCUACAAGACAACGAAACCAGUGCUGAUAGUACGCGAACCAGCUUUGGUGAAAGUCGUCAUGCAGAGUAAGUUCUCGAACUUCCACCAGAACGGAAUGAAAAUCGAACCCGACAUGGACCCUCUGUUAGCCAAGAAUCCGUUCUUCAUUUACGGAGAAGAAUGGUCGGCCGGAAGGAAACGCCUGACUUACGCGUUCUCCAACGUGAGGCUGAAAACCCUUUUCACAGCUGUCAGCGGGGUGUGUAAAAAGUUCGAGGAUUUCCUAAACAGACGUCUGAAAUCGAGCAACAAAUACGAAGUCGAACUGAAGUAUCUGUUCUCGAAAUUCACCGGUGAAGUUGUGGCGAACGCUGGCUUAGGCAUCGAGGGACUUUGCUUCGAGGAUAAAGUGUAUCCUAACGCGUUCGAUGAAAUUUCCCGAUCGAUCUUCAAGCCGAAUGUGUUGCAAAGUUUCUUGACGAUCGUCAUGCUAUUCUUGCCCCACCUGACUCGUUUGUUCAAGAUAAGUUUCAUACCGAAGGAGAUGGACAGAUUCUUCAGGAGGAUCGUGGCUGAAAAUCUGGAGCUGAGACGAACGGAAUCGGUGCCGAGGAACGAUUUCCUUCAAUUGAUGAUCGAGCUAGAAAAGUCGGGGGAGAAAUUGGACGUAGAUUCUAUCACUUCUCACGCGCUUUCUUUCUACGUCGACGGCAUCGAAUCGUCCAGCAUUACGCUUAGUUUCAUCGGCUAUCAUUUGGCUCUUCAUACGGACAUUCAAGAGAAGUUGCGAGACGAAGUGAACGCUAAAAUUGCCAAAUACGACGGUGUGUUAACGUUCGAUGCGUUGAAAGAGAUGACCUAUAUGGAACAAGUGAUCAGCGAGUCGCAAAGAGAUUUCCCUGUUCUUACCUCCUUGCACAAGAUAUGCACGAAGGAAUUCGAGCUGCAAGGUUCCGAUGGAUUGACGUUCAGAGCGAAACCUGGCAUCGAGAUACUUAUACCUGUUUACGCUUUACAACACGACCCAAAAUAUUGGACGAACCCGGACGACUUCGAUCCGGAACGAUUCAACGAAGAGAGGAAACAUUCUAUAGAAAAAAUGACCUUCCUUCCGUUCGGCGAAGGUCCGAGAAUUUGCGUAGGAAUGAGAAUGGCUAUGCUACAGAUGAAAGCUUGCCUAGCUGCCUUGCUGAGAAGCUACAAAAUAGAAUUAUCGCCGAAGACGAAACGUCCGAUAAAAUUAUCACCCUCUUACUUUCUUUCGUCGCCUGUCGGCGGAAUCUGGGUUUAUCUUUCGAAACUUUAAAAGGUAUCAAAAUGCUCUUGUCGAUUUUUAUCUGCUAAUAUUACGUGUGAUAAGAAAUUAUGUACGCGACAAAUCCUGAUGACGAUUCUUGUAAUUUUAAUGAAAUAUUUUUCAAUAAGUAUAUAUAUAAUAUAUGUGGCGGCCAGCUGUAGUGCAGAAGCAAACAUUUGUCGCGCAGAUGACCAACACGGUUUAUGGCGUGCGCGCUAGCAAAGCUAUUUUUGAGGAAACCGUUUUAGUCUGUUUAACCCUUGUAUGGACAACCGGGUACCCAGGUGCCCAUUUCUAUAUUUUCUUCAGAAAUUUUAAUUGUCCUUGACAAAUUAUCGCAAAUCGGUUUCAGAUCCCUAUUCUUUGGACACUUUUAUAUCGAUUAAUGUUUCGUGAAAAAAAGUGAUACAAAAUAUUUGAAAUAAUUAAACUUCAAUCUUAUUUACACGCUUGCUGGACAACCAGGGUACCCGGGUGCCCCAAGCGUCUUAUUUCGAUACAUGAGAUAUGUAACGGUAAUUUUACUGUCAUUCUUAUCCGAUGCUCUUAAUGUUUUCUUCCUGUAAUAUACCAAAUACUGUUCUAAAAGAUUUGAUUGAAACAUUAUUCAAAACUACAAUAUAAUUUCAUGAUAAAGACAACAGUCCCUGUCGUUCGUAUGCAUGCAUGUUCAUCUUGACUCUCUACAUGCUCAUUUUGCUCUUUAGCAAUUAGUUCCUUAUUUGGAUACCAUGAAAAUAUUACACUCUGCUCGUAUGUGCCGAAAAAGGAAAAAGCCGUCAUACUAUUGUCAACAAUGUAUACUGGUAAUGCUGUCUCUGUACCAAAAAGAAAACCAGAAAUUAUUAAAUUUUAUAAUUAAACAAAAUCUGGCGUUGACACAAUGGAUGAAAUGUUAGGAAGGUAUACCACGAAAAGACGAACUACCAAAUAGCCACUAGCACUCUUUUAUAACAUAUUAGACAUUGCCGCUCUUUCCUCCUACCUUAUAUAUCACUCAAAUAAUAGCAUGUUGCAUAAAAAACAAAUGAUCGUCGUAUAUUUUUACGCCAAUUAAAUAAAGAACUUUGUAUUUCAACUAUUCAAAAUCGACACUCUUCAACUAAAUUAGCAGUAGACAGUAUACUAUUUACAUCACGCCCAAUAAACAGUCCUUCUACUAGUUCUGUACAAUCGACGUUGUUCUCGUUAGACGCAAGUGGAAGAAAAAGAGUUGUAGGAUCAUGUCACAUGUGUCAGGCAGAUCGUGCUAAAAAAUGCAGGAAAACAAGAAAAAGCUGUCAGAAAUGUUUACUACCAGUUUGCGAUAAACAUGCAAACACAAUUACAAUCUGUAAAAAUUGCCCUACAGUAACUUAAUCAUUAUAAUUAAAAUUUUUUAUUUUAAUAGAUAAGUAGCAUUAACAAUUUUCUAUUCUGUAUAAUUUCUUCCCAAAAUUUCCAUUCAUAAUUCGUCUAAUUAUAAUUUCUCCUAUGUGGGUAUCCCGGUACCCCGGUUGUCCAACAACGGUGAAUAUUUUGGUUGGCCACACAAGGGUUAAUCUUUAGUAAAUCGAACAAUGCAUGUUUUCGUAGAAACUUUCACCAACGGUCUCGAUAGCAAUUUGCCAUGUCAUAAACCAAGGAUUGCCGAAAGGUCCGCGUACGGGCCCAGAGGCCCAAGACACAUGUCUCAAGUACCGGACCUGGAGGAAAAUCCGCCGCGUUGCCGAAUGCGCUACAGCGGACAAUACGCCCCCACCAUAAUUCGCCGCGGUCCUGGAAAAAGCGCGCCAAGGGCACAAAGGACUAGCGGCGAUUUAGAGACAAAAUUCCUGAUUGGUUAAAAUCAAUGCGUUGGGGGUAACCAACCAGGAAAAAGAAGAUUGUCACGAAGUAACUCGAGAAGUGACUGAAAAGAAGCAAGUCAGUCAAGUGUGAAACUCGCCAGCCACCUAAUCAAUAAAGAUAUUUCAAAGAA